AUGGGAGACGCUAUCUCUGAGAAACCUCACAAUGCGUGGCUCGGUGCCAAGGGACCAGCUUCUCUUGAUCUUCGAAGCGAUGUCGUGACAACUCCUACCCCAGCCAUGCUUGAGGCUGUCUCAUCAUGCUCCUUACUGGAUGAUGUCUUUCAAGAAGACCCUGCUACCAAUGGCCUUGAGGCUUAUGUAGCAGAGCGCACAGGCAAAGAAGCUGGUCUUUUUGUUCUCUCGGGCACAAUGGGCAACCAACUUGCCCUGAGAUCUCUUCUUACGCAGCCACCCUACUCCGUACUCUGCGACUAUCGUGCCCACAUAUUCACAUCUGAAGCUGGCGGCACCUCAAAUCUUACAGGAGCUCAGAUUCAGACUGUUGUCCCCAAGAAUGGGAGAUAUAUGACGCUAGAGGAAAUCCAGGAGAACGUGACCCUAGACGAUGAUGUUCAUGGCUGCCCCACGCGAGUGAUCAGUCUUGAAAAUACCCUUCACGGCAUGGUCAUGCCCCUGAGUGAGGUCAAGCGUAUCUCCGAGUUUGCCAAGGAGCACGAUAUCAAGCUUCACUUGGACGGCGCGCGAUUAUGGGAAGCUGUCGUAUCCGGAGCUGGGUCUCUGACUGAAUACUGCUCUCACUUUGACACCAUCACCCUGUGCCUUUCCAAGGGUCUUGGUGCACCUGCUGGAAGUGUGCUCGUGGGUCCCAAGGCCACGCUGAAGCACGCUCGCUGGGUUCGCAAGUCCAUCGGUGGUGGCCUUCGUCAAUCCGGUGUUCUUACCUCUGCAGGUCGCGUUGCCGUGGAGCAAACUUUUGGCAAAUCGCCCAACGGUGAAGACGGACCCCUUAAAGCCUCCCAUGAAAUGGCCCGCAAGGUCGAUGACCUCUGGACCAGCAUGGGCGGUAUGAUUGAUGAGCCGACUGAGACUAACAUGGUAUGGUUGAAUCUCAAGGCUACAGGGUGUAGCGAGAAGCGGUUCAUUGAGAUUGGAGCUGAAGCUGGGCUCAAGUUUAUGUGUAAUAGGUUGGUGACACAUUACCAGGUCGCACAGAAUGGAGACGAGGUGUUGCGACGCCUAAAGGUGGUUUUUGAAAAGGUUCUUGGAGAGAGCCAAGACUCGAGUGCUCAGCAAAAGAUUGGAAAGGGAAGUGUAUAUGUGCCUCAAUAG